AUGGUGGAAAAUUCACCGUCGCCAUUGCCAGAAAGAGCCAUUUAUGGCUUUGUUCUUUUCUUAAGCUCCCAGUUUGGCUUCAUCCUGUAUCUCGUGUGGGCCUUCGUUCCCGAGUCUUGGCUGAACGCCUUAAGCUUGACCUAUUGGCCUCAAAAGUACUGGGCAGUCGCACUGCCCGUCUACCUCCUCAUUACCAUAGUCAUCGGGUAUGUCCUCUUAUUUGGAUUAAACAUGAUGAGCACCUCGCCACUCAACUCCAUUCAUACAGUCACAGAUAACUAUGCUAAAAACCAGCAGCAGAAGAAAUACCAGGAAGAGGCCAUCCCAGCAUUAAGAGAUAUUCCUAUUAGCGAAGUAAAUCAGAUGUUCUUUCUGACUACCAAAGAAUCUUACACCAAAAACUGA